AUGCUAUCCUAUUUUCAACGUUUCAUUCAAUGUUUUCAUUCUGUCUAUAUUUCCUUCAUUUCUCUUCUUUUCUUUAUAUGUUUUAAUUUCUUUCUUCUUGAUUUUUUUUCUUGUUUUCUUUUUUUUUCUUUCUUCUUGUCUUUCUUUAUUUAUUUAUUCUUUCUAUCUUCUUAUCUUUCUUUCUUUCUGCUUGUCUUUUUUUCUUUCUUUCCUCCUUGUCUUUUUUCUUUCUUUCCUCCUCCUUGUCUUUCCUUCUUUUUUUUUAUUUCUUUCUUUUACUUUCAAAACUUCUAUUUUAUAAAUUUUUCUUUCUCGCGUUUUAUUAUUUUUUUUUUUUUAAAUUCCUUCUUCUUUCUUUCUUUUCCGUUGUUAAUUUUCUUUCACUCCUCAUCCUAUUUUCAAAUAUUUUAUCAUUUUUUCUCUUUCAUUCCCUCUUUUUUUUUUUUUCGAAUUAAAUAUUUCUUUAUUAACUGUCUUUCCUUCUUGACUACAUAUUUUACUUUCGUGUCUUCCUCUUUCCCCUGCUUUUUUUCCUUACUUUUUUAUUAUUUCUUCUAUUGGCGUUUCCUUUUUACUUUUUUUUUUGGCCGAUUUUUUCAAAUUUCUAUUAUUAGCAGUUUGAAAUUCUUCUUCUUUCUUCUACUUUUUUUCAUUAACUCUUUCUAUUAUUUUUUUCCUUUCGUAAAUUUACUUUACCUUCGUAACUUUUUUAUUCAAUUCCUUCUCGAUUUCUUUCUUUUUUUCAUAUUUUUUCGCUAUUUUUCAUUUCUCUCUUUUUCUUCACUAAUUAAAUGUUCCUUUUUUCUAUCUUUUUUAAAUGCUCUUUCUUUUAUCCAAUUUUUGUUUUGUCCUCCUCUCUGUAUUUGCUUUCUCUUUUCCGUCUUUGUUUUACAUUUUUGUUUUUUUCAUUCAUUAUUUCUUCCCUUCUUUCUAUUUAUCUUUGUCUCUUUCUCCCUUUUUUUCUUUCUUCAUUCAUCUUUCUUUCUCUUUUCUUCUUUUGCCAUCUUUCUUUCCUUUCUUCCCUAUUUUUCGCUCUACUCUUACAGGCUAUUUCAUUUUUCAUCCUUUAUACUCUCAGCAAUUAUCUCCCCUUUUCGCCAUUUUUUUACCGCUUUUUCUUACAUUAUUUUUUUUAAUGUUUUUUUCUUUUCUUUUUCGCAACCCCUUCCACUUACAUUUCCAUAUUCCGAUUCUUUACUCGGCUGUACUUUAUUCUCCUUCUUUUACGCAGACCCCAUUAACGCUGGAUCAACUGAUAUAAGAAUAUUUAAACUCUCUCUCUCUCUCUCUCUCUCUCUCUCUCUCUCUCUCUCUCUCUCUCUCUCUUACUGA